AAUCUUUAGGAGUUUGGUUUUGCGGAUAUUGGGUAAUUGAACAGCCAGCUCUUUACGUUCUAUGAGCUGGAACAUGUAAUUCCAUAUGGUUCGGCUAGAAUGGCCGGUGCGCCGUUGGCCGAGCAUUAACGCGUUUCGUUACCCAAUCCCGCAGUUCCGUCCGGGUCAAACGCCAUUCCACCGGUUUAAUCACCCAUUUUUGCAGGUCCUGCUUGGUCCCACCUCCACUGUUCAGUUCCCAGCAUCACUGAUAGCUCCCACUCACGCCCGGCCCCACGCACCACCACCGCCGAUCACUUGAGCAACACCACCGCGCGUCCCGGCUCUCGAUCUCGUUCGUGCGGAAUCUGAAAUCUCCGGUGACAAUCCCGCUGAGACGCGCAUGAUUAAGUGUUUAAGCGGCGAGAAAUGUCGCAGAAUAACAUUCCGGUAACCGAAACCUACUGGUCUUUGGUUGAUAAAGCGGACAAGAAGUUUUCCAAGAUCAGGGAUUCGCCUUAUUACGAACGCAAUAGGUAUGAUACUUAUUUCCACAAGGUGUUCAAGAUUUACACGCAGUUGUGGAAGUUUCAACAAGAGAAUCGGCAGAAGCUAGUAGAAGCAGGGCUCAAGAGAUGGGAAAUUGGUGAGAUUGCAUCUCGAAUUGCUCAACUUUAUUUUGGGCAGUAUAUGCGAACAAGUGAAUCUAGUUAUCUAUCCGAGUCAUAUAUAUUCUAUGAGGCAAUCUUGAGUAGAGAGUAUUUCAAGGAGGGAUUGUUUCAAGAUCUUAAUCUCGCAAACAAGCAGUUGAGAUUUUUUGCUAGGUUUAUGAUGGUGUGUCUUGUUUUAAACCGGAGGGAAAUGGUGCAUCAAUUAGUAAACCAGCUCAAGAUGUUGAUUGAUGAGUGCAAGAGGACUUUUCAGGAGACUGACUUUAAGGAAUGGAAGAUGGUGGUUCAGGAAAUAAUUAAAUUUCUCAAAGCUGACUCAGUUUUUAUGAAUACAAGGCCUUUGAGAUACAGUCUCGUGCUAGACCCUCAUCCAGAUUCUCUUCCACAUGUUGCUGCAUCCAUAGCAAAGAGAAGUCUAAGACUACGAGAUGCAAUAUUGUGCAGCUACCAUUUUAAUGAGGUCAAGUUCUCAGAGCUGACUCUUGACACUUUUAGAAUGCUCCAAUGUCUAGAGUGGGAACCCAGUGGCUCAUUUUACCAGUCAAGGGUUUCUCCUUCAGGUGGAGCUAGUACUAGCAUUGGUCAGAAUGGGGUCUCAGGGCCUAGUCGCAUUAACUACUCACAGGAAAUUACUGAUCCUACCUUGCCAUCUAACCCACGGAAAGCUGUGUUAUAUCGUCCAUCUAUUACACAUUUCAUAGCGGUUCUGGCCACAAUUUGUGAGGAGCUACCUUCAGAUGGAAUCCUCUUUAUAUAUUUAUCAACUUCAGGAAGAGUUGGACCGACUAAUUCGUCUCCAUCUGGUGCUGGGACUGGUACUGACACUACCGAAAACAUUCUCAGGGGCUCUCAUUCUCAUACCAUUGACUCUGAUGCGACCCCAACUUCUCCAUUUUGCUCCCCAUGUGAUAGUCCAAAUUCUUCAGGGCAAAAUAAAGGAGACUGCUUAAUUUACCAUACAGGUUGCUUACAUAUUGGUCCACGUGGAAAUGGAGGUUUAAAUUGCAUAUACCCCUGUGACUUAAUUCCAUUUACAAGAAGACCACUUUUCCUGGUUAUUGAUAGUGACAGCAGCAAAGCAUUCAAGGCUAUAAGUGGAGCUGAAAAAGGAGAGCGAACUGCAUUGCUCUUGUCUCCUAGCUCUUCGCCUCCCAUUGGCACUGCUGCUGAUUCUUCUCAUCAUCGAAAUGGAAGUCUAUUCACUAUGUUCCUCACAGCUCCUUUGCAAGCUUUCUGUCUCUUGCUUGGUUUUUCAGGAUCUGACAUUGAAAUGGAUAUGUACAAAGCUGCUGACAAGCUGCUUUCUUCAUCCCUUAAUGACUGGGGAUUGAUGUUGGCAACAUCGGACAAUCUUGAUGCUGUUUGGACUCAAGCUUUAAGUGAUCCAUUCUUAAGGCGACUGCUAUUAAGAUUCAUAUUUUGUCGUGCUGUGCUAACACGAUAUGCACCAACCUUCAACAAGGAGGAGUUUCUUCCUGAGUGUAUGCCUUGCCUUCCAGAGUCUGCUCUGCCAUCAACCUCUGCCUCUCAAAUUGUAGUAAUGCAGAUAGCCAACAUAUUUGGUGCAACCAAUAAUUUCAUAUUCUCAGAGGGAAUUAUGCUUCCAGAUAACAAACUCAUGGACGAGACUCCAUCUUUUCGUGAAAAAAGCCUUGGCACAGAGGAAUGGCUUUAAACAUAAAAUGUGGGGAAGUGGAUGGAUUUUUUCAUUCCCCUUUUUUUUUGGUUGCUAUUUUGGUCUAUAUUUUCCUCAUUCCCCUCUAUAUAAAAUUCAGUGAUGUUUUGCCUCUUUUUUGUUUUCUAGGUUGGGUUUGUUUAGGUGCGGGGUUGGUUGGGGGAGAGCAAGUUAUUGAAAAUACAAAUACCUGUUUUGUAAUGAGUUUCCCUUUGACAGAAUUUGUGAAUAUUUCUAAGUGCAGGGUUAUUGUUAAAAAUAAUUGUCAUUCCCACUCUCUUUCAGAUUGAA